AUGAAGCAGCGUCACGACGACACUGAACCAAGUCAUACUGUCCACUCGACAUCGUCGUCAUCCGCCUCCACACUGCCCCAACCCGCGCAGAAAGGCCGGAAAUUGGCCAGAGAAUGGCAGCGGUUCGGGCGCUAUACCGCAAGCGUGAUGCGCCAGGAAGUGAGCGCGUAUCAGUCCAAGCUCAGGGAGCUGGAGCGCAAGCAGCAGGAACUCAUCAAGGACAACUUGGAGCUUAAGCGGAUCGAUGUUCGCAAAAUGAGGCUAGUUUCUUCACGACGUCAUAAACUUGUUCCAAACAAUUUUAUUCGGACACGGAAGAAAACGUGCGUAAUGAAUCCGUCGAGGAUAAAUACGAGACGGAAAUUAGACGAGGACGUGAACCGGCACCUGGAUUGUGAUGAUCGUUAA